GCUGUUUGCUCCAGGGGCAGGAGCUUCCGAGAGGGAGCCAGCAGAACGCCUCGAGGCCCUCUUAGUAAGGCAGAUCAGUCCCCAGGGAAGCGGCCUUCUCCCCGACCUCAAGCACGGGGCGCUCGGGGCUUGGGGAUCCGUAGGGCACUAGGACCCGGCGGGGCGGAGGGGCAGCCCGUGUGCCGCGCUCGCUCCCUCCCACCCUCCUGCUCCGGCUCCCGCUCCAUUGUCUGGGAGCUGCGGCCGCGGACAGGCGGCCGGGUUGGCGGCGGCGGGGACCCAGCCGGCGGGGUCGGAGCGGAGCGGGCGCGGGAGAUGCCGGGCGGGCGGGGGCCACCUGAGCAGCCCGCCUAGUCCCCGCCCUCCGCGGAAAGGAUGUGCGGCGGGAUGGCGGGGCGCGCAGCAGCGGUUUCCCGGGGGCCCUGCGGCCCCUGGCUCUGCCUCCUAGUGGCCCUGGCCCUGGACGUCGUGAGAGUGGGCUGUGACCAGGACCCCCUGGACCCCGUCUACCUGCCCGCAGCCCUGGAGCUCCUUGACGCCCCUGAGCACUUCCGUGUGCAGCAAGUGGGCCGUUAUCCCCCGGCCAACUCCUCUCUGGGCUCCCGAUCUGAGACUUUUCUGCUCCUGCAGCCGUGGCCCAGGGCCCAGCCACUUCUCCGGGCCUCCUACCCACCCUUUGCCACUCAGCAGGUGGUCCCGCCACGGGUCACUGAACCCCACCAGCGGCCAGUGCCCUGGGAUGUGCGGGCUGUGUCAGUGGAAGGGGCCGUAACUCCGGCGGAGCCCCAUGCCCGAGUCCUCUUCCACCUCAAAGGGCAGGAUUGGCCUCCAGGGCCUGGCAGCCUGCCCUGCGCCCGGCUCCAUGCCACACACCCUGCAGGCACUGCUCACCGAGCCUGCCACUUCCAGCCCUCCCUAGGUGCCUGUGUGGUGGAGCUGGAGUUUCCCUCCCACUGGUUCUCCCAGGGCUCCACCACGCGGGCCGAGCUGGCCUACACGCUGGAGCCCGCAGCUGAGGGCCCUGGGGGCUGCGGCCCUGGCAGGGAGGAGGACCCCAGGGAACAGGCCCUUCCGGUGGGUGGUGUGGAGCUGCGCCCAGCGGACCCCCCACAGUACCAGGAGGUGCCCCUGGAUGAGGCUGUGACCCUGCGGGUGCCUGAUGUGCCCGUGAGGCCCGGCCAGCUCUUCAGUGCCACCCUCCUGCUUCGGCACAACUUCACAGCCAGUGUCCUGACCCUGCGGAUCAAGGUGAAGAAGGGGCUGCACGUGACGGCUGCCCGCCCAGCCCAGCCCAGCCUCUGGACUGCCAAGCUGGACCGCUUCAAGGGCUCCAAGCACCACACAACCCUCAUCACCUGUCACCGUGCCGGGCCCUCAGGGCCAGACUCCAGCCCCCUCGAACAAUCCGAGUUCCUGUGGGUGGACUUUUUGGUGGAGAAUGGCACAAGUGGGGGCGUGGCAGUCACUCGCCCUGUCACAUGGCAGCUGGAGUACGCAGGCCAGGCCCCCGAAGCAGAGAAGGACAAAAUGGUGUGGGAGAUCCUGGUGUCGGAGAGGGACGUAAGAGCCCUUGUCCCACUGGCCAAGGCCGAGGAGCUGGUGAACACGGCUCCGUUGACUGGAGAAGCACGGCGUGUGCCCGUGCGCCUGGUCACUGUGGACAGCGGCGGGGCUCUGGUGGAGGUGACAGAGCAGAUCGGCUGUGAGUCGGCCAACACACAGGUCCUGCAGGUGAGUGGCAUGUGCCAACCCCGUGUGAGUAUGCGCUCAUGUGCACAGUGAUGCACAGAUGCCCUC